GGGUUUAGGGGGCGCGGGGUUAAAAUUUCUCGUGGCACUCGACAGCGAUACCCAAUGAAUUCCCCCAUCAGGCAUCAUCACUUCUUUUUUUCUCUUUCUAUAAUCUACCAACAUCAACUAUCAAAACUACAAGAUACUCAAUUCAAUAAUGGCGUUAUCUCUUUGCUUCUCUCCACUUAUUUCACAACCAAAACACAGGCCAAGGAUAAUGCCCUUUAAUAAACCCAUAAUUUCAUCAAGGCCAAAAAAUUUUAAGCAGUACCUACUGUUAAGUGUCAAUUGUGUUCAUGAAAAUUCUCAAAAUAAUCUUCCUCAUGUGGCAGUUACUAGUUAUGUAAACAAAUCUAGAUGGGAAGAAUGGCUGUUAGCUGUUGCUGGCCUUUACCCUGUCUAUGUAACUGUUGGUGGAGUUGUUGCUUGUUUAAGACCAUCCACUUUUUCAUGGUUUGUUAAUGCAGCUCCAACUUCAUAUACUUUAGCUCUUGGGUUUAUUAUGUUGGCUAUGGGUCUCACUUUGCAGCUCAAAGAUUUGUUCAACUUGUUCUUGCAAAGGCCUCUUUCUAUUCUUUUCGGUUGUGCUGCACAAUAUACAAUUAUGCCAGCCUUUGGAGUGAUAGUUGGCAAAUGUUUGGGUCUUUCUCCUUCAGUUUCCGUUGGUCUAAUAUUGCUUGCUUGUUGUCCAGGGGGUACUGCAUCCAAUGUGGUAACCUUAAUUGCACAAGGAGAUGUACCAUUAUCAGUAGUGAUGACAUUGUGUACCACACUUGGAGCAGUUGUUCUCACUCCCCUCUUGACGAUGAUUCUGGCAGGCACAUAUGUUCCUGUGGAUGCUAUUAAGCUUUCCAUCAGCACAGUACAAGUGGUGGUUGCUCCAAUUCUCAUAGGUUCUUAUCUGCAGAGCAAAUUUCCAAGAGCAGUGAAAGUUGUUGCACCGUUUGCUCCGCUUCUAGCAGUCUUAACUUCAUCACUGCUUGCUUGCAGUGUAUUCUCAGAAAAUGUUGUUCGUCUGAGAUCUUCAAUGGCUGGUAUGUCAGUCUCCUCUGAUUUAUCUUUAUUUAAUCGGGUUCAAGCAAUAUUCGCAAGUGAAUUUGGGGCUGUAGUGGUUUCCGUGCUUUUGUUGCAUUUUGCUGGAUUCUUUGUGGGGUACCUGUCAGCCACCCUAGGCGGUUUUGCUGAACCUCAGAGACGUGCCAUAUCCAUCGAGGUUGGCAUGCAGAAUUCCUCCUUGGGAGUGGUUUUAGCGACCGCACAUUUCGCAUCACCGUUGGUUGCAUUACCUCCUGCAAUGUCAGCUGUUAUUAUGAACAUAAUGGGCAGUACUUUAGGUUUCUUUUGGAGAUAUAUUGACCCUUCUGAUUCAAAGAUUAGUCUAGAGGCCACUGAUAAAUCAUAGUAGUGGCUAAUAAAAUCAUAGUAGGAUUCAUGGUCACCAUUUUAAUCCUGCUUGUACAAUUGUCCUGAGCUUGGUAACUUUGCUUCUUUUUUUUUUUUUUUUUUUCCGGGAAGCGGUGUGGGGGUGGGGGUCUUAAUUCACAUUAUCAGUAGAGUUUAAUUUAGUGUUUCAAGUUGUUUGCUACUAUAUUUUUCAGGUUAGUAUUCUACUUUUUAUGGGCA